ACUGGUGAGCGGAGCAUAUCCCCAUAUACCGCAUGCACUCUGCUUACGCUUCGUAAAAUGGCGACGGCCUCGCUCACCCCUGCCCGUGAGGCUUCCCGCUAUGAGAGCUGGCACCAUCCUAGUCGUCUCCCAGCUCCUAGUCUCCUUGUCCCCGUUUGCCUGCGCUUAUGCCGCUGGCCGACCGUUGAUCGACGGGAGCCCAUUGGCCCGGGGCGCCAGCCAUGGGGCGAACAUGUUCCAUGGCCGUGCCGACCCAGAGUCGUCUAUCUUACGAAUGCUACUCUAUAUUACAUUGUAUCCGUACGGAUCCAACCCAGUUCCUACGGAUACUGAACACUCCGUACGGACUGUUCCAUUGAGAAAAUCAGCUGGACCCAGAUGGAAUUGCAUCUCAGAUUCAACCUCACAUCGUUUAUCCAGCUGCUGGCCCCCCAUGGAAUUUGGUGUGUCCCCCAUGUCUCUCUUCUAACCCUCUCGGGCAUGAUCACCAACUGCAACGGCACCCG